UUUUUUUUCUUUUAACAAAACUGUCAUUUUACGCGCCAUUCGAAUUCUCAAUUUGACAGUUCGAUUUUUUUUAACUCAAGUAUUCAUCUUUCUGUCUAGUUUUUGUCAAAGAGGUAUUUAAACUGUAGUGUGGAUGUGGAACUUUUUAGCUCGCAACAAGCAGGUGGCUGCGAUGUUGGGUCUGCUGGCUGUGGCUGCAGUAGUCACCAUCGCGCUGACUACUAAAGGCCGUGGUUAUGCUGCAGAGGUUCAUGGAGUUGAGGAGCCCGAAGACAUCAGCCCGGCGAGUUAUGUGUUUUCAGCACAUAACCUCCCAUCGAAUGAUAAAUUCAUGCCGUCAAUUGGUAAUGGACAUAUAGCCACGAACAUUUUCAGUGAUACAGUUUACAUGAAUGGACUGUAUAAUGGGAUUGGCGGAUACAGCCACCGGGCCAGGAUUCCAUCAUGGGCCAAUAUCAGACUGAAUUCGACCUUGACUCACUUCCCUUAUAGUCCAAUUUACAGUUUGGACACAAAAGAAGCAGUUUUUAAAGUAAGAGUUGAUAGAGAGAGAUCGGUGGUCACUCAGAGGAUAUAUGCGCAUAGAUUCUACACGAGAGCUAUCGUGAAUCAAAUUCGAGUUGAUUCUAAAACCCAUUACGAUCCCAAUUUCGUGAAUCAAGAAAUCUGGAUAGCAAUCAAACUAAUGCCUGGACCAGAAAGUGAAGACAUCGCGUUUUCCGAUCCUGUACCAGAAAUCAUAAAUGGUAGAACAAUUUGGAAUGUAUGCGGACAAACUAUGGAAUCCGAAGACCUGGCUUAUCAACCGUUACCAGUGGAUGUCUGUGCUUACUGGACUUCAGUGCCUGAUCAUCUAGUGGUACCUCAACAUGGCUCUAGGGUUUUCACCUUUGCAAUGACGGCGGAUAAAAAUAAGACUGUAGCUCGAGAGGAGCUGAUCAAAGUAUUGCAGGAGGAUGGCGAGGUGUUGUACCAGAAACACGUGGAUCAAUGGCAGAAGCUGUACCACCAGGGAGGCAUGGAGAUUGAAGGAAACUUGGAAUUGGGCAAGAUUGUGAAUGGUAUUUGGUACUAUUUCUUGAGUGCUUUGCCUUCUGAGGAGUCUUUUCAAUCUCUGGGCCGGUACUAUGGGCUCAGCCCGACUGGGCUGGCGAGAGGUGGCACUUUUGAAGACUAUGAAGGUCAUAACUUCUGGGACACAGAAACAUGGAUGUUCCCUUCAAUCCUGUUGCUGUACCCUCAGUAUGCAAACAAGUUGCUGCAGUAUCGCCUGGACACCGCGUAUGUGGCUGCAGACCUGGCAAAGAUCACUGGACAUAAAGGAUACAGAUAUCCAUGGGAGAGUGCAUAUACAGGAGUGGAGGUGACGCAGCCAUGUUGUCCAGACGUUGCGACCUUCGAGCAGCACAUCAGCGGGUGUAUUGCUUUCGCCGUCCGUCAGUACCUGUCUACGACACGAGACGAGGAGUGGUUGAAGCAUGGUGGUUGUGACAUAGUCACAAAGAUCGCAGACUUUUGGGAGUCACGCGCCGUGAUCAACUUUAAUACCGGAUUAUAUGAAAUAGCAAACGUGAUGGGUCCUGAUGAAGAUCAUCGGAAUGUCACAAACUCGGUGUUCACUAAUGUAGUGGCUGGAUACUCGCUGUACUUAGCUCAAUAUGUAUCAUGCCUCUGCAAGUCCUACUACUUGGCUAGGGAUCCGGACCAUUAUGCAGACAUCGCAUGGAGCCUGGCACUACCCUACGAUGAAGAGAACGACUACCAUCCUCAAUUUACUAACUACCAACGAGGGGAGGAGAUCAAACAAGCUGAUGCUGUGCUAUUGGGCUUCCCCUUGCAGUAUAGCAUGAAUAUUUCUACACGUCUCAACGACUUGACAUACUACGAGUCUGUAACUCGCGAGAAUGGUCCAGCCAUGACGUGGAGCAUGCACACUAUUGGUCAUCUGCAGUUGGAUGACGACGCCAAGGCUGAAGAGAUGUUCAACAGGAGCUAUGAAGGUUUUGUUAGAGAACCAUUCAAGAUAUGGACCGAACUCCGCCGACCUGACUCCGGCGCUGUCAACUUCUUCACUGGAAUGGGAGGAUUCCUUCAGACUCUGGUCUUUGGCUACGCUGGCGUCAGCAUACAUCUGGACAGGCUGGAGAUCAACAAACCUCGUCUGCCACCUAAAGCUACUAAAUUCACUAUAAGAGGCAUAAAAUACCUCGGCUCGAACUUAACAUUGGAGGUUUCGGCGAACAGCACGAAGUUGAGUGUGACCUCCAUGGAUGAUAACUGGCGACUGGCGCUGAACGACGGGAAAUAUACCGUCACUUUAGCACCCGGCAUUACUGUAAUAUUACCGGGAGCUGGACCGUUCACGGUGUACUCUGAACCUUGGAAGGAUUGCAAACUGCCGGCUGAUAUCAUUGGACACAAUUACAUAAGGCCUGAUGGAACAUAGAUUUUUAAUUUGGUUUUAGAUAUAUUUUAUUCGCCAUAUAAGUACUUUAAUGACAAUAGAAUUUCCCUCCGUCCUAGAGUAGCUUCAGGAUGACUUUCCAUAAAUUUUGUAAUAAUAAUAGGUAAAAAAAAAUGUAGAUC